AUGGAUGAUAGUCCACUGAAAAAUCAUCUAUCCUCAUGCAGCGAGAGGCCCAUCCAUUAUGCCCCUACCUUUUCCAUCUCGCAUCGCGGUGCUCCUCUCCAAUUCCCGGAACAUAGUCGAGAAGGCAUGCUGGCAGCUGCACGACAAGGGGCUGGGAUCAUCGAGUGCGACGUCACGUUCACUCAAGACAAUCGCCUAGUCUGUAGGCAUUCGCAAUGCGACCUCCACACGACGACCAACAUCCUUACCAUCCCCAGCCUAGCCGCCAAGUGCACGAAGCCCUUCUUCCCGGCCACGCAUAAAAUGUCAGCAGUGGCAAAAUGCUGCACAUCUGAUAUCACAUUAGCUGAGUUCAAGUCCCUCUGCGCCAAGAUGGACUCCAGCAAUGCUUCUGCAGUCACCCCGGAAGACUAUCAACACGGCGGACAGCUAUGGCGCACUGAACUGUACAACCAGUGCGGAACCCUUGUCGAGCACACCGAGUAUAUCAAGCUCAUCGACAGUCUAGGGCUACAGUUCUCACCGGAACUCAAAAUCCCAGAAGCAGUCCCGCAUUUCAAUAGGAACUUUGUGCAAGAGGCCCUUGCACAGCAGGUGAUCGACGAUUACAAGAAUCUGAAUAUCAGUCCAUCUCGAGUCUGGCCCCAAUCUUUUUCGGAGGCUACCAUCCUAUACUGGAUCCAACAUGAGGCCGACUUUGGAAGACAGGCUGUCUACCUCGAUCGCCGUGUUAACACUCCCAGUGGCUAUGCCGAGGCUGUCGCCAGUUUGCCCCGUCUGCAGCAGCAGGGCGUGCGCAUCAUGGCUCCGCCCAUUUUUGCCCUGCUAAAUACGUCCUCGGACGGCGAAAUCGUAUCGUCGGAGUAUGCACGUGCUGCCAAAGACGCCGGCUUGAAUCUGAUCGCUUGGUCGUUGGAACGAUCUGGUCCAAUCAAGCUGGCUGCAGCCGCGGGAGACUAUUACAUCCAAUCGAUCGCCAGUGUUCUCCGUAAGGACGGCGACAUAUACCGUAUACUCGACGCCCUGGUGAUCAAGGCCGGUGUCAAAGGAAUAUUUUCGGAUUGGCCAGGAACAGUGACCUAUUAUGCCAAUUGUAUGGGAUUGUGGUAG